UUACAACCAUAACAAUGGCGUUUGGGGAUGAAUUAUUGCAGAUCCAGUUAGGCCUAGGUCCUGAGCAGCAGCAUCGAAAUGGUUAACAUCGAAAAUCCUAUUACUUAACUACUGUUACAUUUUAUUCGAGUUAGACGUCUACAUCACGUGGUACUUGUAAGCAGUUUAGACCAGGAGAACUCGGUUAAAUUGGAUACGGAGCUUAAUUUGGAGUUUUCAGCAUGGACUUUCUAACAGAUCAAGAUGCGAAAAAGUACCACGAGGACGGGUACCUGGUCCUGGACGGGCUCCUCAGCCCGGCGGAGUGUGAUGAGCUCCGGCUGAGGAUGGGAGAGAUCGUGGACCGGAUGGACGUUCCAGAACAUUGUCGGAUCCAGUUCUCCACUAAUCACGACGAGCAGUUGAAAACACAGAUGCAGGGAAACGCUGACUACUUCAUCACCAGUGGAGAUAAGAUCCGCUUCUUCUUUGAGAAAGGAGUUUUUGAUGAUAAAGGAAAUUUCACCGUGCCAAAAGAACGCUCUCUCAACAAAAUUGGACAUGCACUCCAUGCCUAUGAGCCUUUAUACAAAACUGCCACUCAUUCACCCAAGAUUCAGGGUAUAGCCAAGAAGCUUGGUCUGAAGAGUCCUGUGAUUUUGCAAAGCAUGUACAUUUUCAAGCAACCAGGGAUCGGUGGAGAAGUGACGCCCCACCAAGAUGCUACAUUCCUCCACACGGAGCCCCUGGGCAGGGUGAUGGGCGUGUGGAUCGCCCUGGAGGAUGCCACCCUGGACAAUGGCUGCUUGUGGUUCAUCCCCGGCUCACACAACAAUGGUAUCACCCGACGUAUGGUUCGGACCCCGGAAGGCACCUACCCCCUGACAGACUUUGUUGGGAGAGAGGCAACCUAUGACGAUAAGCUGUUCAUACCUGCACCUGUCAAAAAAGGUGGGGUGGUGCUGAUCGAGGGAAAGGUUGUCCAUAAAAGUGAGCAGAACGCUUCAGAAAAAUCACGCCAUGUCUACACUUUCCACAUCAUGGAGUCUCAGGAGACAAAAUGGAACCCUGAGAACUGGUUACAGCCCACAGAGGACCUUCCUUUCCCUGCCCUGUACACCAAGUAAUCCUGGUUCACUCUGUCUGCCACUACACUGAAUGGAUGGACAGAGGCAGACACCUUCACUUGUCCCUAGAGAAGAUUAGUAAAAACAAUUAUCAGAAUUGG